UUUAAGUGUCUUAAUAAACUUCCGCAAUGUUUGCUUCUAUGGUAACGCUUUCUAAAUUAUUCAGCAAUCGAUCGGCGUGGCAAAAAAUAACUGAAUAAAUCAAAAUCAGGAGAACUACGGGAUACAUACUGGAGCGAAAACGUUUGAAGGGUGUUUAAAGAAUAAUGACUACGCUGUUUUCGAGGAUGCUGCGUGUACUUUUUUCAAUACCCUGACGUUCGAAGAAGCUGCCCCGGGUAACACUAUUCUUCCGGAGGCCCCGCUGGAGGUCAACUUCAACAUAACUGACGCCUCUCUGUUCUGGCGCAUGAAGAGUACCUAUGCGCUUCAGUAUAUCUUGCUGAAAGUAAAUCAAGUGAUACGACUCAAUAAAGGUACUGAUGAUGUUUAUGAGCAAGACACGAGCCAUAUCCUGAUCAACGUCACAAACUCAUCAAGGAAGAUGCAAUAUCAACAUAUUCGGUUCACGUGUCUACCACUUAUCAAUGGAACCGUGCGGCUCGAAGUAAUGCUUUGGACACUGGGAGGGGACGCAAUUUGGGGAACCGAUUUUCUGAGGGCCGCUGUGGGAAAAUACAGUCGCUCGUAUUCCAAGACAGAGAACUUUAAGAACGGUUAUUAUCCUAACGUUACAGCCAACACUAUCUCCUGGAUAGACUCGUGUAUCUGCAGCACGAAGUACACGAUAAUCGUGACGAAUGGCGAAAAUAGCUCAACCCUGGUCGUCAAUAUAUGGCUAAAACGUGGGCAGAUGUUCCCACCAAAAGUAACUGUCCAGGUUGUCAACAAUGAUUCCGUGUUCGUAAAAGAGCUCACAUAUCACCCUACUAAAGACAAGACGUCACUACAAGUACAGUUUGAAGACUUGCCGAAUGAUCAUUACUCUGGUCGGCUGGUUCCCGACUGCGGGCAGCCGUUAACACCUGUCACUUCAUGCGGUCUGCGAAAGGCCGAUGCAGUCAGGUCCGAGAACUCUAAAAUCAUCUACACCCCUGAUCCCCAACCGGAUACACAGGGUACACACACAAAAGGUGACAAGACAGAUGGCAUCCAGAUAUUGAGGGUAUCUCUUAUUUCGUUGGCAAUCGGGGUUGCCGCUAUUCUUGAAGUGGCCGCUAUCAUAAAAAUUGCAAAAGCAUUCACAAGACAGUCCGCUAGUUGUAGAAGACUUGCGUAUAAAAGACUCUCUACUAAAAAUCAUGCAAGCAACUCUAAGAAUGCGCCCAGACGCAGUAAGGUGGCCAUCCUCUUUUCCAACGACUCUCCACGUCUCCUGGGCCGGAUAACCUCGCUCGAAUCACAUCUUACUUGCCGCGGUAUACAAGCGGAACGUAUCGACCAGGAGCCGUCAAAAGAACUCAUGAUCAACUGGAUCGACUUCGGUGAAAGUAUUGUCGACAUGUAUAGCUGCAUUGUUAUGGUCAUAUCUCCGCAAUUUGAAAAGUUGUGCUGCAAACCGGAAUGCAUUACGCCCAGCUUCCGUAAAGACUCUGAUGAUAAUUCUUCAAAAACCGUUGAUGUUUCUACAGUAAAUAUGGCCGAUACUUGUGUCUUAAAGGAGAAAGAGAACAACCACACUUGGCACAAUCUUCCUCUGGUUGUUAUUAAUUCAUUGAAAACGAGGUCAGCCUGGGCCGCCACGAGAAAAACGUGCCCGAGGGUGAUACCCGUGCACCUACUGGGAAGCGGGGAGACAGCCGUUACUACUCAGCUACCGAAAAAACACCCGAGUCUGCUCCUUGAAGGUCCGGUAAAUCUGCAGUUUGAUGAUAAUAAUACAGUAAAGAUCGAUGCUUCUUUAAGACAUCUGCAACGACUCUUGAUGCUGUAAAGUGCGCAUGCGCUGAUGUAAUAAUUUAAAUGUAAUUCGAGUUACGAGUGCAUUUUGCUGUCUCUGAGUUCGAUGUCCAUUUUGUGUUCAAUCUACAUGUAUUUUAACUUUACAUUAGUUUACAUGUUCUUGUUACUUUUUGCUUAAUGUGUUCCUACCAUUUUACAUUUUAUUCUGGCCGUAUAUUAUAUCUUCCAUUUUGAAAUCUAUAUGCGCCAAGUGUUUAGUUUAAGUUUGUUUAUGUUUUCGUCUUGAAAAUGUUAUUUGUUAUUAUUUUAUUUACUGUACUAUAUUUCAAAAGUAUUUUCAUAUUAUCAUUCCAUCUUGUUUGAAAAAUGAACGCACUAUUUUGAUUUUAUUUUAUUUGAUAAAUAAUAUUAUAUUCAGACCCUAUACCCGCUUUAUGUUCAGUACAUUUUAUAAAAAAGUAUUAAUACAGUUACUCAACACUUUACGUUUAUAUAGUGUGUGCCUAGUUCUUCUAUUUAUUUAUUUGCACUUGUGGUGUGUGUUUAUAUAUAUUUAUAUUUUUUAUAUAUAUUAUUGUCAUUUAACAAAUUUUUAAUCCGCCCAACUUGUAAAAUGACUAAUUAGUUACAUAUUUUGCAUAGAGAACUAAUGUAUUAUCUGUACGUGUUUUCGUUAUAGAGUUUUAAUAUAUUAUUUAGACUAGCAUAUUUUCAUAUUUAUUUAUUUUUAUUUUUAUUUAGAGAUUUAUACAUUAUAUAAAGUAUUUAUUUAUCAAAGCAUUAAAUACCGACAUCAACAGUCGAAUGAUUUCGAAAUUGUAGUUAAGUCUAAUGAACCUUUUGUCAGAUUGAGUUCUACGUUUUUUUACGGAAAAUUACGAUAUUUUUUUUUCCUAAAUAUUUAUAAAGUCUUUCAAAAAUUCGUACAUUCACCGCUUUUACAACCUUAAUAUAAGUACUUAUCGCCAAUGUUUGCAUGUUCCCUUAUUGGAAAAAUUAAGAUCCGGCUUUUAUGCGGUUUCUAAAUUUUACUCUCAACAUUGAAUGUUUCAAUCUACGCAUUGAUACAUCUUUUUAUCACAUGCCAUACACUGUUUCCCAUGUAAUAUAACCAUUACAUAUUUUUUUUAUAUUACACAAGUGUAAUAAAACAUUUUUAAGCGUUUUCAUUGGCUUAGUUUACGUUUAUUGACCAGUCGCAUUUUGUUAUUUUGCUGAAAUGACGUUACAACGUAAAAUGACGUCACGAAAUGUAAACAACAUUCGGGAUUUAUCAUUAUGUUUGCGUAAAUAAAGCCAAAGGCUCGCUUACUUACAAAAUUCCUGAACUCGUUUAAUAAAAUACGAUAUGAUAUGACAACUCGUGCCAGAUCCUAUAUAUAUAUUUCUUGCAUUGCAUUGUCAUGGUAUAUUUAAAGAUAGCUUUUUUGGUGAUCUUUUAAUGGUCGUAAUAAUUCGACACUUUAUUGAGUUCUUUCAAUAUGCAUGUUGAUGAUUAUUGAUAACUAUUAUAAAACCUUAAAUUUAAAUGUUUCGAAGUAACUAAAUCUUGGCAUUAUUCGAUUCACUUCCAAACAAUCUUGAUGUUGUUAUUAUUAUAUUGGCAUUUGUUUUAUAUUUUAUCAUUUGACUAAAUUAUUCUACCAACACUAUGCAUGUUUUGUAUUCAUUUCAUUAAUGCAAACAACUUAUUUACAAUAAGCUAUUUUUAUGUUAGUAUUUUUGUUUAAGAACCCUUAAGAGGCUUAAUAAAAAUACAACGGCA